AUGGGAGGCAAGGCAGGGACGUGUGGCGGGAAGGCAGGGAGGUGUGAUGGGAAGGCAGGGAGGUGUGAUGGGAAGGCAGGGAGGUGUGAUGGGAAGGCAGGGAGGUGUGAUGGGAAGGCAGGGAGGUGUGAUGGGAAGGCAGGGAGGUGUGAUGGGAAGGCAGGGAGGUGUGAUGGGAAGGCAGGGAGGUGUGAUGGGAAGGCAGGGAGGUGUGAUGGGAAGGCAGGGAGGUGUGAUGGGAAGGCAGGGAGGUGUGAUGGGAAGGCAGGGAGGUGUGAUGGGAAGGCAGGGAGGUGUGAUGGGAAGGCAGGGAGGUGUGAUGGGAUGGGAAGGCAGGGAGGUGUGAUGGGAAGGCAGGGAGGUGUGAUGGGAAGGCAGGGAGGUGUGAUGGGAAGGCAGGGAGGUGUGAUGGGAAGGCAGGGAGGUGUGAUGGGAAGGCAGGGAGGCAGGGAGUGUGAUGGGAAGGCAGGGAGGUGUGAUGGGAAGGCAGGGAGGUGUGAUGGGAAGGCAGGGAGGUGUGAUGGGAAGGCAGGGAGGUGUGAUGGGAAGGCAGGGAGGUGUGAUGGGAAGGCAGGGAGGUGUGAUGGGAAGGCAGGGAGGUGUGAUGGGAAGGCAGGGAGGUGUGAUGGGAAGGCAGGGAGGUGUGAUGGGAAGGCAGGGAGGUGUGAUGGGAAGGCAGGGAGGUGUGAUGGGAAGGCAGGGAGGUGUGAUGGGAAGGCAGGGAGGGAGUGUGAUGGGAAGGCAGGGAGGUGUGAUGGGAAGGCAGGGAGGUGUGAUGGGAAGGCAGGGAGGUGUGAUGGGAAGGCAGGGAGGUGUGAUGGGAAGGCAGGGAGGUGUGAUGGGAAGGCAGGGAGGUGUGAUGGGAAGGCAGGGAGGUGUGAUGGGAAGGCAGGGAGGUGUGAUGGGAAGGCAGGGAGGUGUGAUGGGAAGGCAGGGAGGUGUGAUGGGAAGGCAGGGAGGUGUGAUGGGAAGGCAGGGAGGUGUGAUGGGAAGGCAGGGAGGUGUGAUGGGAAGGCAGGGAGGUGUGAUGGGAAGGCAGGGAGGUGUGAUGGGAAGGCAGGGAGGUGUGAUGGGAAGGCAGGGAGGUGUGAUGGGAAGGCAGGGAGGUGUGAUGGGAAGGCAGGGAGGUGUGAUGGGAAGGCAGGGAGGUGUGAUGGGAAGGCAGGGAGGUGUGAUGGGAAGGCAGGGAGGUGUGAUGGGAAGGCAGGGAGGUGUGAUGGGAAGGCAGGGAGGUGUGAUGGGAAGGCAGGGAGGUGUGAUGGGAAGGCAGGGAGGUGUGAUGGGAAGGCAGGGAGGUGUGAUGGGAAGGCAGGGAGGUGUGAUGGGAAGGCAGGGAGGUGUGAUGGGAAGGCAGGGAGGUGUGAUGGGAAGGCAGGGAGGUGUGAUGGGAAGGCAGGGAGGUGUGAUGGGAAGGCAGGGAGGUGUGAUGGGAAGGCAGGGAGGUGUGAUGGGAAGGCAGGGAGGUGUGAUGGGAAGGCAGGGAGGUGUGAUGGGAAGGCAGGGAGGUGUGAUGGGAAGGCAGGGAGGUGUGAUGGGAAGGCAGGGAGGUGUGAUGGGAAGGCAGGGAGGUGUGAUGGGAAGGCAGGGAGGUGUGAUGGGAAGGCAGGGAGGUGUGAUGGGAAGGCAGGGAGGUGUGAUGGGAAGGCAGGGAGGUGUGAUGGGAAGGCAGGGAGGUGUGAUGGGAAGGCAGGGAGGUGUGAUGGGAAGGCAGGGAGGUGUGAUGGGAAGGCAGGGAGGUGUGAUGGGAAGGCAGGGAGGUGUGAUGGGAAGGCAGGGAGGUGUGAUGGGAAGGCAGGGAGGUGUGAUGGAAGGCAGGGAGGGAGGUGUGAUGGGAAGGCAGGGAGGUGUGAUGGGAAGGCAGGGAGGUGUGAUGGGAAGGCAGGGAGGUGUGAUGGGAAGGCAGGGAGGUGUGAUGGGAAGGCAGGGAGGUGUGAUGGGAAGGCAGGGAGGUGUGAUGGGAAGGCAGGGAGGUGUGAUGGGAAGGCAGGGAGGUGUGAUGGGAAGGCAGGGAGGUGUGAUGGGAAGGCAGGGAGGUGUGAUGGGAAGGCAGGGAGGUGUGAUGGGAAGGCAGGGAGGUGUGAUGGGAAGGCAGGGAGGUGUGAUGGGAAGGCAGGGAGGUGUGAUGGGAAGGCAGGGAGGUGUGAUGGGAAGGCAGGGAGGUGUGAUGGGAAGGCAGGGAGGUGUGAUGGGAAGGCAGGGAGGUGUGAUGGGAAGGCAGGGAGGUGUGAUGGGAAGGCAGGGAGGUGUGAUGGGAAGGCAGGGAGGUGUGAUGGGAAGGCAGGGAGGUGUGAUGGGAAGGCAGGGAGGUGUGAUGGGAAGGCAGGGAGGUGUGAUGGGAAGGCAGGGAGGUGUGAUGGGAAGGCAGGGAGGUGUGAUGGGAAGGCAGGGAGGUGUGAUGGGAAGGCAGGGAGGUGUGAUGGGAAGGCAGGGAGGUGUGAUGGGAAGGCAGGGAGGUGUGAUGGGAAGGCAGGGAGGUGUGAUGGGAAGGCAGGGAGGUGUGAUGGGAAGGCAGGGAGGUGUGAUGGGAAGGCAGGGAGGUGUGAUGGGAAGGCAGGGAGGUGUGAUGGGAAGGCAGGGAGGUGUGAUGGGAAGGCAGGGAGGUGUGAUGGGAAGGCAGGGAGGUGUGAUGGGAAGGCAGGGAGGUGUGAUGGGAAGGCAGGGAGGUGUGAUGGGAAGGCAGGGAGGUGUGAUGGGAAGGCAGGGAGGUGUGAUGGGAAGGCAGGGAGGUGUGAUGGGAAGGCAGGGAGGUGUGAUGGGAAGGCAGGGAGGUGUGAUGGGAAGGCAGGGAGGUGUGAUGGGAAGGCAGGGAGGUGUGAUGGGAAGGCAGGGAGGUGUGAUGGGAAGGCAGGGAGGGAUGGCGACGGCGCGAGAGUGAGAAUGGCAGGAAGAGUGCGGGGGGAAACGAGGGCGUGCAGGGGGGGGGGGGGGAAUGAGGGCGUGUCCGGAAGGGGAGAAGGCGUGGCGGGAAGGGGAGAAGGCGUGGCGGGAAGGGGAGAUGGUGUGGCGGGAAGGGGGGAUAGCGUGGCGGGAAGGAGAGAUGACGAGGCGAGAAGGGGGGAUGGCGUGGUGGGAAGGGGGGAUGGCGUGGCGGGAAGGGGAGAUGACGUGGCGGGAAGGGGAGUUGGCGUGGCGGGAAGGGGAGAUGGCGUGGCGGGGAAGGAGAGAAGGCGUGGCGGUGGUCGCGACGGGGCCGCGUGA